UAUUAUAUAAACCUCUCCAAUAAUGAUGUAGUUGAAACAGUUGUAUAUUAAUUUCAUAUUCACCUGUAUCCUUGGUGAUACAACCAGAGUGGCAUAGCCAAGAUAAAUGCAGCAUUUGCCUAUUUCCCGCCACCAUUUGUUUGUUUGUUUCCUGUUCUUGCUGGAGAGAUUCUAAUCUGAUUUAUUUUCAUCUUAUCUCUGCAGAUUUUAUGCUGCCUGCAUUGUUAAUGGCUUGCAGUACCUACACAGCAAAAGAAUUGUUCAUAGGUAAGUAUUGCUAAAAUGUUAAUGUGUCCACAUUACUGUUUAAAACUGGAUAAACAUAUUGCACUACAACAUAUACAUGACUAUGAUGAUUAAACAAUUUCUACAAUCUGUCUUUCAUUUACUAACAUGUUGUUUUUUCGUUAUUGCAGAGAUUUAAAGCCAGAGAAUAUCCUUCUGGAUAAGAGAGGUUACGCAAAAAUUGCUGAUUUUGGACUCUCAGUAGAAGGAAUCGGCUAUGAUGAUAUUAUCACUGGAAGAUGUGGAACACCAAACUUUAUGGCCCCAGAAAUGUUCACACAACCCUACUAUACCCGAGCAGUGGACUGGUGGGCCUUAGGUGUGAUUAUUUAUGAAAUGGCUACUGGAGAGUUGCCAUUUGACUCAGGAGACGAAAAAAUAAUGACUGCGAAUAUUGUUUUUAAAGAACCUUAUUAUCCUGCAGACCUUCCUAAAGAUACUCGCAGCAUAAUUGAAGCACUCCUGUAUAAAGCUGCACCAUCACGUCUUGGCUCAAGCAGACAUGGUGCUGAAGAUGUAAAAGCACAUCCUUUCUUUAAGAACAUAAAUUGGGAGGCUCUAACAAAUAAACGACUCAGGCCCCCGGUUACGCCCAAGGCUUCUGCAAAACCUAAUACAAACAAGCCUAUCUUAACAGAUGAUAAAAAUAACAAACCAAUAGCAGAGGCAAUCCAAGGGGCAUUUAAAGAAUUUGAUGAGACAGAGAUUACUUGCGGCAAAGUUAAGAAAAGCAAAAAAUAAAAGUUUAGCAAGACCAACCUAUCCAAAAAGAUCCUCGUGAAAACAGGAGCCUUAUAUAACUAAAAAGGUAAGCUUUAGUGAUGGGAUUUGUACCUAUCUACAUCUGUGUUUAUUUGUAUACACACAGUAGAGCAGUGUUCUACACAUCAAACUAUAUUACUAGUUCUUAUUCCUAAAAGAUGAUCACAGGUUGUUUGUAUUUGCACACUGAAAUAUGUCUGCCAACUGCAGAAACUGCUGCAAAUAGUGUGCCUUGUUGGGUAUUUAUAGAACCCUAAUACCUCCUUUUUAAUCAGAAAUUAAA